CGACCUUUUUUCGUCUACCGUUACACCUUUCACAACGUCUCUUUUUCUUUCUCUCCCCGUUAUUCCCCUCCCCUUUUUAUACUCCCCCAUCUUCACUCUCUUUAACCCAUUUUCACAUUCUCUCUUCAAUUUUGAGCUCUCUCCUUCUCUUUCCUAUAUUUUCAUUUUUCAAGCUUUCUACAGACAAACAACAAUGGAGGCCAUGAGAAUGAGAGCCGCUUUCGCCGUCGUUUUGAUGCUUAUUGCUGUCUUUUCCGUUCAAAAUGUCGCUGCUGUUGACGCUCCUGCUCCCGCACCUGCCUCCGAUGCUACCGCAUUCUUCCCCACCGCAUUUGCGUCUCUUGUUGCUUUAGCAUUUGGUCUUCUUUUCUAAGUUUUUUUGAUUUUUUGAUUUAUUAUGUCAUUUUGUUGGAGGUUAUUGGUGGUUCUGUUUACAAAUCUUUAGAUCCAUCCUUUGAUUGGAUCACAUGACGAUGAGAUGAGGAUGAUGUAGAGUGGGAAUUUAUUUUGGUUUGGAUUUUUUUUAUUUUAUUUUUAUCUUUUUUGACAUUCUUUCUUGUGUAAUAUAUAUUCAAUUUGAGUGACGUUUUUGAUUAUUUACCUUGGCUUUGAUUUGUUUUUACCAUUAAUCAUUAAUAUACUUUUAGAUCUCA